AUGUCGAACACGGACUGGGACAGCAAGACGGUCAUCGGGCGCGGCGUGCGACCCUCUGGCGGGGGUUCGUCGUCGUCCGUCCCCACCGCGUACGAGCGCGCCAAGCAGGUCGGCGCCAUCACCGAAAACGACCGCAAGGUCACCGCCGGCACCAACAAGGGCCACGUCGGCACCGACCACCAGCGCAUCGCUAAGCUCGACCGCGAAAACGAAGUGGCCCCGCCACCCAAGGUCGCCCCCACCGUCGGCAAGACCAUUGGGCAAAAGCGCCAAGAGAAGGGCCUGACGCAAAAGGACCUCGCGACAAAGAUCAACGAGAAGCCGCAGGUGGUGCAGGAGUACGAGAGCGGCAAGGCGGUGCCCAACCCGCAGAUCCUGGCCAAGCUCGAGCGCGCCCUGGGCGUCAAGUUGCGCGGAAAGGAUAUCGGUGCACCUCUGGGCGGCCCGAAGAAGAAGUAG